AAUUAAUCGUAUACCAAUGUUGUUCUACUUCGUGCGCGCUGGCAGAAAAAAAAACAAGCUACGAUUUUAACUUGAAGGUUGAUAAUAAUGACUACGGCGAUAUACCUCGAACACUAUCUUGACAGCAUUGAAAACUUGCCAUGUGAACUACAGAGGAACUUCACCCUGAUGCGGGAGCUGGACAACAGGACAGAGGAAAAGAAGGGAGAGAUUGAUAAACUUGCAGAAGAGUACAUCACAAAUGUCCGGAACCUGGCGUCUGAGCAGAGGGUGGAACAUCUGCAGAAGAUUCAGAGUGCCUACAGCAAAUGUAAAGAAUACAGUGAUGACAAAGUGCAACUUGCCAUGCAGACAUAUGAAAUGGUUGACAAGCACAUCCGAAGGCUGGACGCAGACCUGGCCCGCUUCGAGAACGAGCUAAAAGAGAAGCUGGAUGUCAGUGGUUAUGAGAGUCCUGAGAGUAGAGCACUGAAAAAAGGAGGAGGCAGAGGGCUUAAGGAUAAACGAGGAUCCAAAGGCAGAGGAAGAAAAUGCUCAGAUGAAGACUCACCUCGAAAGAAAAAAAUUAAAAACAGUCCUGAUUUCCAGGAGUCCCUGUUGCCCGUGCACCCAUCAGAUGUCCUGGACAUGCCAGUGGACCCCAACGAGCCCACAUACUGUUUGUGCCAUCAAGUGUCGUAUGGAGAAAUGAUUGGAUGUGACAACCCUGAUUGUCCAAUCGAAUGGUUUCACUUUGCAUGUGUGGAUCUCACAACAAAGCCCAAAGGAAAAUGGUUUUGUCCGCGGUGCACCCAGGAUCGGAAGAAGAAAUAAGAUCUCUAACGCUGAGUUUUUUAUGUAACUGUGUGUGUAUAUAUGUAUGUAUGUGUAAUAAUAUAUGUGUAUAUAUGUGUGUGUGUGUGUGUGUGUGUGUGUAUAUAUAUAUAUAUAUAUAUAUAUAUAUAUAUAUAUAUAUAUAUAUAUAUAUACACAUAUAUAUGUGUGUGUGUGUGCAUUUUGUCUAUGUGGUAAAAUAGGAAAUUAUGUACAGUAUAUCUAUCUAUCUCUAUCUAUUUAUAUAUAUAUAGAUAGAUAGAUAGAUAUAAAAUCACUUUCUAUAUGACUAUGAUAAAGGAAAAGAGGGUCACAAUGAAAAAACCUUUAUUUUUUAAUGUACUUGAAAUGUGUCUGUUUUGUUAAUUCAGAAAAAAAAGUUUCAUAUUGUACUACAAGUAGUCUGGUAUUAUUUUUAUUUUCUAUGGAAAGUGUAAACUUACAUAUGUGUAUAUAUACUGUCUACUGAAUUAGCAACAUAGGAUUUCUUGCUGUAUGAAAUCAAAGCACCAAAUUCGUUGCUCUUGCAACUUCAUUUUGCAUAUUUACAUGCUGAAAUGUUGUUUAGGUCUCACAAAAACAUUUACAGCAAUAAUUUAAGUUAUGAGGAUUUUAUUUUGAAGUAAAUGUCAAAGAUGCCAUGUGCCUGCUGGAUGUUGUAUCUUUAGAGGAAAAAACUUGAUUUUACUUGCUCUCAAAUUAUGACAUGACUACUUCUGUAACUCCAUCCAGACGAUCAACAGCUCAUCUGUGUUGUGUGUGUACUAUUGGCUGCUGCUUUGGCAGAAUCAGACAUUUCCUCCACCACCUUUGCUGCACUUUUUUUUUUUUAAACCAGAAUUUGCUCUCGUUAGCACCAUGACCAAUGCCUGUGUUCUCAGAAGUGUCUCAGAGGGGGAGUCAGGUCUCGAAUCAGUUGCCCUGCCAUGUUGUUUUGUUCAUUAAGAAUACUCUUUGCUUGUGUCCUAGAACGGAAGAGCUCACUCUUCAAGGAAAUAAGAGGACCAAAAAAGAUUUUGAUGUGUUUAAUUUUUAACCGCAAAUGCAAAUAAUCUUUAAUGGGUUAUUUGUGAUGUUUGUAUGUCAAUCAUAAAUUAAGACAAAGAAUCCAUACUGCUAUGAGAUACUUUAUUACUUUGUAAAUGAGUUUAAAGUAACCCUAAGCAUAGUGUUUUUAUUUAUUUAUAAAUACAUCCUUACAGUCCACAUGCUAGUCCAAGUGUGAAAAUUGUCUGAAGCAUGAAUUAAUUUUUUUUCUUCUUCUUUUUUUUUUAAUUGAACUAAAAAUCUAAUUGGAAAAUAAGUUUCUGGUUUAGGGUUAUUACACCUGUGGGUUUUUUGGUAGGGUUUGAGGCACUUCUUUGCAUUUUCAUAAAAUAUGGAUUUAUUAAAUGUACGUGCUGCUGUU